AAAUGCUGCAAAGUAAAGACGAGGGAUUUUGAAAUCAAAUCGGACGUCCCACUGUUUUACAUCCGACCCGUUCCCCGAUGUUCCCCCGUCCGUCAUCCUCCCGGACCCAUCUUCAAUUUCCGAUUGGUGUUCAGUGAGAGAUUUUGCAUGCAUAUAUACAUAUAGAGAGAGAAAAUUCACACAGUUCGAGCAUAUACGGGGAGCCUUCUCAUCUUAUCAAUCUUCUGUGUUGUUUUUUCUUCCAGCUGAAACCCGGGCUAGAAAAUCCCUAAUUUUUGGUAUCCGGGUCUUAGGAUUUAGGGUUUAAAACGCUGGGAAAUUAACAUUGGGAACCCGAAUCCGUUGUCUAUUUCACUGCCGGGAAUGUUGCGUUGGAGCUAGUAUGUCUGUGCACAUGUAAAAAGGCCUGUACUUGUCGAUGUAUUAGGGUUUAGAUUUGUAGAAUUUGGUGGGUAGCUGCGGUGGUGGAGUUGGAGAUGGACGGAAGAAGGAUAACGGCCAGUCCGCGGCCGUGCUCUGGGCGGCGUGUGGUGGCGAAGAAGCGAACUCGCAGUGGCAUUGAUGGGUUCGUUAACAGCGUUAAGAAGCUCCAAAGGAGGGAGAUUUCGUCGAAGCGUGACCGAGCGUUCAGUAUGAGCGAUGCCCAAGAGCGAUUUCGGAACAUUCGACUACAGGAGGAAUAUGAUACUCAUGAUCCUAAAGGACAUUGUGCCAUGGUACUUCCAUUUCUGAAGAAAAGGUCAAAAAUUAUUGAAAUAGUUGCUGCAUGUGACAUUGUCUUUGCUCUUGCACAGUCUGGCAUCUGUGCUGCAUUUAGUCGAGAGACCAACAAGAGGAUAUGUUUUCUGAAUGUCAGCCCAGAUGAAGUGAUACGAAGUUUGUUUUACAAUAAAAAUAAUGAUUCCCUCAUCACCGUUUCAGUUUAUGCUUUGGAUAAUUUUAGCUCCUUGAAGUGCCGGACCACAAGAAUCGAAUACAUAAGAAGGGGCAAACCAGAUGCCGGUUUUGCACUUUUUGAGUCAGAGUCAUUAAAGUGGCCUGGUUUUGUGGAGUUUGAUGAUGUAAAUGGAAAAGUGCUAACCUACUCUGCCCAGGAUAGCAUAUACAAAGUGUUUGACCUGAAGAAUUAUACGAUGUUGUAUUCCAUAUCAGAUAAAAAUGUUCAAGAGAUUAAAAUCAGUCCAGGAAUCAUGCUAUUGAUAUUUAACAAAGCAAGUUGCUAUGUUCCGCUUAAGAUUCUCUCUAUUGAAGAUGGGACUGUACUGAAAUCUUUCAACCAUAUGCUUCAUCGGAAUAAAAAGGUGGAUUUCAUUGAACAGUUCAAUGAAAAGCUACUUGUCAAACAAGAGAAUGAGAAUCUUCAGAUUCUUGAUGUCCGUAACUCUGAAUUAACAGAAGUUAGCAGAACCGAGUUCAUGACCCCUUCAGCAUUCAUUUUUCUGUACGAGAACCAGCUGUUCUUGACAUUCCGAAACAGAACAGUUGCUGUCUGGAACUUCCGAGGGGAGCUUGUAACUUCAUUCGAGGAUCAUCUUUUGUGGCAUCCUGAUUGUAAUACUAACAACAUUUACAUAACUAGUGACCAGGACCUAAUCAUCUCCUACUGUAAAGCCGAUUCUUAUGAGUCUCUAUCAGAAGGAACUGCUGGCUCUAUCAAUAUCAGCAAUAUUUUGACAGGGAAGUGCCUUGCUAAAAUAAAAGCAACCGACGCUGUUGCCACGAACGAUUGCAAUUGCACUGCCCGCUGUGGUGGUAGGAGCUGCAAGUCGAAGCGUGUCCAAGCGUCUAGAAUUAGGAGCACGGUUGCAGAGGCCCUGGACGAUAUCACCGCCCUCUUUUACGAUGAGGAGCGCAACGAGAUCUAUACUGGCAAUAGGUGUGGACUGGUCCAUGUGUGGUCUAACUGAAGGGCCUGUGUUCAAGGUGGAAUGAACAACUCAAAACUGCAACCUCUGCAGUUGUACCAUUAGGCACUGAUGUUUCUGUUUACUUUGUAGCAUUUUCUGGGCUCCCCACAAUACUUAAGUGGGGAGGAUGUUGCAUCUGUCAUCUAUUAACAUUGUGGUAUAUUUUUUGUUAAUAAUUUGACUUGUUGGGGGAUUUGCAUAUGCAUAUGCAUAUGCCCCCUUUUGAUUGAGACAAUACAUCA